AUGAUGUGUGCGCCACCCAUGGGGUCCUCUCUGUUGGAUGAAUUGAUCGGAUGCGUGCACUACAGGGUCUUGUUGUGCCUGGACGAAGGGGCCCUGUACAACCUGGGCAGUUGCUCUCGAUCUCUGCGACAGACCGUGGGUGAACAAGCGCUCUGGCACCGUUUGGCCCUGUCGCGCGACCGCCUCUGCUGCGCGCGUUUCCUGGGCAGCUUCAGCCCUGAGGCCCGGGGGGCUGCCAUGGUCACCACGGAGGAUCCCAGGCCGUUUCUCAGCACUCAACGCUUCCUUCCUGGAGCUGCUGGCGGUGAGCUGGGGAUGAUAGAUUGGAGGGAGGUCUGCCGGCAUCUCAACCGUUCCAUGGCCGAGCGUCCCUGGCCUAACGGCCCCACGGCCGGCAUGGCCGGCACGGCCCUGUGGACCGAGCUGACUGACGAGGAGGGCCAUGGAGGUGCCCCGUUGGGCUCGCAAUCGCCCCACAUCUUUUGGAUCGGCGGCGAUCGGUUGCUGGGCGUGGCGGGCGGAUAUUCCCCGGACGUGGUGGGUGGUGCGGCGCUGCACCCUCUGCGCGAGGUCUAUCUGUUGGACCUUCCCAGCUCCAGUGGAACGGCCGGCGUCGCGACGCGUCCGGAUCUGGUGGUGAAGCGCCUGGACUGCGGCACUGCGGGGGGUCGGCUGCCGCAUGGCCAUCCGUCCAUGAAUGGCGCCGCAAGUGACUUUGAUCCCAUUAGACGUUGCAUCUACUUCUUUGGUGGUGGUGCUCCCCACUCGGACGUGCACAACGCCUGUAGCGCCUUGUGCCUGGAGGGCUGGGAGGGCGACGACCCCAGGGCCACCUGGCAGGUCGUGGCAUCUCCGGGCUCCGUGGAGUCGGAUCAGAUGCCCAGCCCGGUGCAGGGGGUGAAGGGCACCGUGUUUCAGGAUGAAUUCGUGAUCUUCGGGGGUCGGAGGCAAGGGGGCCGAUGCACCAAUGAUGUCUGGUCCCUCGAUCUGGCAGGUGCAUCUUUCGCUGCCACUCCCACGCUGCCAUGGAGGCGCCUGGAGUGUGAUGGUGAAGCGCCCUCUCCUCGUGUGUGGCACUGUGCCUGCCAAGCAGUGCACGGCCAAUGGUUUAUUUAUGGGGGCAGUACCUGGCAAUUUGAGGAGCCUGCUGAGCCUCAUGAUUUUCGAACGCUUUUUGUUUUCCACAUUGCCGACAGGCGUUGGUCCUCCGUAGCCCCUGCAUCCCCGGAGCGGCCUCCAUGGGCGGUGGCGGCGAGCCUCGUGCCGUUGGGGUGUUGUCAACUGCUGCUCCUGGGUGGAACUUUGCCUCAUAUGCCGGAGCCCCCAGGGGUGCUGAGGGGUUGGGAGCCACCGGACUCAAUGCGCAGAGCCUGCGGCUGUGGCGAUCCUGGUGCCAUGGCGAACAGCCAUGACUUCGAACAGGAACAACACAUUGCGGAGGUCUAUCUCCGGAGUCACUUCGCUGCAUCCUUCAUCCCACAGCGCCGCUCAGUGGUGGUCUUGGGUGGCUCCAGGUACUUCACAGGGGAGUAUUUCAACGACCUCCUGGAACUUCAACUACCUUCAGAUCAGCAGAGGAGCUCUUCCGGCACUGUGCUGGGAGAAGGUCGGCGUCAGGAGAGUCAGCAUCGUUUGUAUGGUGAAUUUCAGGCCCCAAAUCAGCUUCCUCGCCAUUUGCAAGUGGAAGAUGGUCGCCAGGCACAGCUGACGCGCGGCUUCUUGGGGCGUUUGCGCGGUAUGUUACAGGAGGGCAUCAUCGAUGAGGAGCAAUUCAACAUGAUGCGCUCCCCGAACUGA